ACUGGGCACAUUAAUGAAUAUUUUACUGUAAAUAUGCCAGAUUUAGUCAGACGGCUAAUUUCCAUCGGUAGUCGUACAUUACAGAGGUCAGUAUAAGAAAAGUACAACAAACUGUAAAAGAAUAACAAUAUAUUAACAUAUAGAUAUAUUAAUUAGAUAAAACUUUUGUACUUAAUACUAUUUUAAUAAUUGAUUUAUAGUUAAAUUGUUUCUUAAGCAAAAACGUGAAAUAUUCAGGGGUUAGGCUAAACUGAAUAUUUUUGGAUUUUAAACAUCCAUAUUUGACCAGUAACUUUACGGAGGCCAUAUUAGGCUGAUUGAUCGAUGAUGAAAUCACCGUCAGAUGCAGCCUUUUGUUAUUAAUAACUUUAUAAACACAGAAAUAAAAAAGAAAGAGCAGUAAGUGUUGAACUGAAUCUGAAGUUUCCCAGCCCGCCGCGGGUCCGUGAAGUGGUUGAAAACUUGGUCAACAAGCCGCCAGUCCGCGCGCAGCUCUCAGCUCUCAGCUCGCGGACUUCUUCUUCAUUUUGUCCCGCGGAUUGUCGGUCCAUCGUUACACAACUCGGUAAAGUCCGUGAGGAGCAGGUUCUCCCGGCGGUUCGGAGGCUGAGGGCGGGAUUAAAGAAGUUCUGGUUCCGUAGUAACGGAGGUAAGCCGCGGCUCGGACGGCGCGCGGCUCCAUGCGGGCGGAUUAUCUCCGAGUCUAACAAAAGAGCCGGUCUGCGCGCGCUCCGCUCGGUCCCCCCUCCCGGUGCUCCCCGUCCAGGACUCCGGUUUGAAUCUGACGGUCGACUUUGGUUUGUUUAGUCCGAGUUCGGGUCCCAGAUUCGGUCUUCGUGACUCGGUUUCCCUCCUUUUCCUGAAAGCGGACCCGGAGCGAUGCCGCUGCUCCACAGGAAAGCCUUCAUCCGGCAGAGACCACCUGCGGACCUGCGGCCGGACGAGGAGGUCUUCCUCUGCAAGAUCACACACGAAGUCUUCAGGUCCUACGAUGAGUUCUUCGAGCGCACCAUCCUGUGUAACAGUCUGGUGUGGAGCUGCGCUCUGACAGGCCGAGCGGGCCUCACCUACCUGGAGGCGGUGGAGAGCGAGCGGCGGGCGAAGCAGAGUCUGCAGAGCUUCGCUCCGUCUCUGCUGGUUCCUCUGCUCCACCUGGCCGCUCAGAGCCGCCGCUGCCGGCUGACGGAGCUCUGCGAGGACGUCUACGCCUUCGUCAAAGACCGCUUCUUCCCCGGAGAGACCGUCGACGUCACGGGACGCAACGGAGCCAGACAUGUGUGUGAGAUCCUGCAGGUUCACUCUCCUCACUCCAGCGCUAACGGAGCGCCGGCCGCUAACGGCCACGCCAAAGCAGCGGACGGUGACACCAUCGUCAUCAGUGACAGCGACGACGAGAGCAAAGCCUUCCAGAGUCCCACGGCGCAGGUCAACGGGAAGAAGAAGAAGAAGAAGCCUCUGAGUCCGUCAGUGUUUAAAUACACAGUGAGGAUGAUGAAGGACGAACACAGCGAGGCGUUCACUGUCAGAGCCAAUCAGAUCAGUCGCAGGAAGGCCAGCGUGUCCAGAGAGAGACUGAAGCUGCUCUUCAAGCAGCACUGUGAGCCUCACAACGGGACCAUCGCACUCAAGCCCUCCACAGUGAUGAAGUACCGGCUGUCUGAACAAACCUUCUCGCAGUUCUUCCCUGACGAGCCGCCGCUGUUCCCCUUCAGCCCCUCCUCUAAAGGCGCGGGGCGGGGCUCCCCUGGCCAGGCGGGCUCGUCGCUGCUGAAGGCGGCGGAGAAGCUGAAGCUGCUGCAGCAGAGGGAGGAGAUGGCAGCUGCAGCUCAGGACAAAGCCCGGCUGAAGAAGGAGAAGGAGGAGGUGCAGGAGGCCAAGAGGAGGGAGAGGGAGGACCGAGAGAGGCUGAAGGAGGAGCAGAGGAGGAGGUUUGAGGAGGAGAAGCAGAGGAGGAAGGAGGAGAAGGAGCAGAGGAAGCUGGAGAAGGAGAGGGAGCGAGAGAAGCUGAAGGAGGAGAAGAAGAAAUACGCUGAGCGACUGAAACUGUGGAACAAACCCAGAGAGGACAUGGAGUGUGAAGACCUGAAGGACCUGCCCAGUGCGGUUCCAGUGAGGACUCGACUUCCACCCGAGCUCUUUGGAGAAACUCUGAUGGUUCUGGAGUUCCUGCGGGCCUUCGGCGAGGUCUUUGACCUGAAGGACGAGUUCCCCGACGGAGUCUCUCUGGAGGUUCUAGAGGAGGCUCUGGUGGGUUCUGACCCUGAAGGUCCCCUGUGUGAGCUGCUGUUCUUCUUCCUGUCGGCCAUCUUUCAGGCUCUGGAUGAGGAGCAGGAGGAGGUGGCUAAAGACCAGGCUGAAGACCUGUCGGAGGCUCUGGACGACGACUCUGACGCCACCCAGUCGGCGCUGAACGCCGUCGCGUCAUUGGCUGCGGCCUGGCCUCAGCUGCAUCAGGGUUGCAGUCUGAAACAGCUGGACCUGGACAGCUGCACGCUGUCAGAGAUCCUGCGGCUGCACAUCCUGGCGUCCGGCGCCGACUGUUACCACGGCAACGCCAAGUUCCGUUACCAGAAGCAGGGCGGGUUCUUGAUGAUGGACGACCCCUGUGUCGAGCUGCGAUUGGCCGAGCCGGCGCUGCUGAAGAAGCUGACGAGCACGGCGGUGUACGAUCUGACGCCAGGGGAGAAGCUGAGGAUCCUGCAGGCUCUGGUGGGGAAGCUGCUGACGUUGGCGUCCAGCAGAGACCUGAUCGAAGACUGUGUGGAGGAGCAAAGAGCCGCCAGGCAGGAACUGAGAGAGAUCAGAUCGGAACAACACCGCCGCGAGAGGGAGGAGGCCGCACACAGGGUUCGUCUUCGUAAAGAGGAGAAGCUGAGGGAGCAGGAGCAGAGGCUGAAGGAGAAGGAGGAGAGACUGAAGGAACAAGAGGAGAGACUGAAGGAGCAGGAGGUGAAGGGAGGACUCCAGACUAACAGCGAGACUGCAGCACGAAACACUGAGGAAGACGAGGAGCAGAAGUCUUCCUCCAGCAGCAGGAAGAAGAAAGCUGAACCGACCUCCGACCCCAAAGCCCCGUCCUGCCCCCCCACCAGCCUGACUGCAGAGCAGCUGGAGAACGAGCAGGAGAAGGUUCGAGAGCUACAGGAGCGGAUCCAGAAGGCGGCGGCCUGCACUUGCCUGCUGCCUCUGGGCAGAGACCGUCUGUACCGCCGUUACUGGCUCCUCCCCUCAGCCUCCACGCUGUUUGUAGAGGACGACUUCUUCGGCAUGACGGAGGAUAUGCUGCAUCCACGGCCAAAACCCGCACAGGACGCCACAACCAAGAUGGAGGACGACGAGGUCGUCAAGGAGGAGCCCGCCGAGGGAAGUGCUGCCUCAAGCCCCGCCCCCAUCUACACCUGCGGGCCGCCAGUCAAACGGCCCAACCAGUGGUCCUUCUACAGCUCAGUGGAGGAAGUGGAUCAGCUGAUCGAGGCUCUGAACCCACGUGGUCACAGAGAGAGCAGCCUGAAGGAGGUGCUGCUGCAGGAGAGGGAGAGACUGCAACACCUGCUGCAGAACUGUGACCGCAACAAAUACAGCCGCUCAGAUGAUCCGGAGUCAUCACGAUCUGUCCCAGAGUGCACUGCUGCAGCUGAGACUCUGAUGGAGGUGAGACUGAGAGACCUGCUGCUGGACAUCGAGGACAGAAUCCACCAAGGAACUCUGGGAACUCUGAAGGUGAUGGACAGACAGGUGUGGCGCUCUGCGCUGGAAGCAGGAAGCUACGAGCUGCUGUGUUCAGACGGCAAAGAGAGCGGAGGGAUGAACGGACGAGUGGAAGCCAUGGAGGUGGACUCACCUGCCCCCCUCAGAGCCAGGGACAGGCUGCAGGAGCUGAAGGGCGACGGCGUGGCCUCGGGCAGCGGGACUCCUCAGGUGGUCAGCAGCUCAGUACGGAUCCUGGCUCAGGCCCUCGUUCACAUCGAGCAAGGCAUCGAGAGGCGCUUCCUCAAAGCUCCGCUGGGUGAGGAAGACUCCAAGAAAGACCAGAAGACCAAGAAGACCAAGAAGAAAGACGAGGACCAGGCCAGUGACGAUGGCAGUGACAGCGGCCGGGUCAGUAAGACGGUGUUGGAGCGAUGGAGGGAGUCUCUGCAGUCCUGCUCAAGUCUGUCUCAGGUGUUUGUCCACCUGUCCAGUCUGGAGCGAAGCGUUCUUUGGUCCCGCUCAGUCCUCAAUGCUCGCUGUCGCAUCUGCAGACGCAAAGGAGACGCCGACAACAUGCUGCUGUGUGACGGGUGUGACCGAGGACACCACACCCACUGUCUGAGGCCCCGCCUCAAGUCGGUUCCAGAGGGCGACUGGUUCUGUCCAGACUGUCGACCCAAACAGAGAUCCAGCCGCCUGCCGUCCCGUCAGCGCUCUUCUAUUGAUGAGGAGGAGGAGGAGGAGGAGGAGGAAGAGCAGGAGGACGAGGAUGAACAGGAAGAGGAGGAGGAGGAGGAAGAGGAGGAGGAGUCAGAGGAAGAAGAGGAGUCGGAGGAGGAGGAGGAGGAAGUAGCAGUGAACACCAAGAAGAUCCCGCCCCCUAAAGGAAAGAGCCAGCAGGCCACGCCCAAAGGUCAGCAGGCCACGUCCAAGAACAGCGCCGGCUCUGCAGGGAAAACGUCCACAGCCUCCAAGUCCUCAGGGAAAAAGGCCACGCCCCCCCCAGUGAAGGCCAACAUGGUGUCUGGAGGUAAAGCUCCGGCCCGCUCGGGGAGUCGAGUCAGCGCCCGUCUGAGCCACGAAAUCCUGCCACAAAACGGCAACACAAAGACCUCACCUGGUCAGAGUGAACCCCACAAGAGACCGCCAACAGAUGGGCCGUCCCCACCUAAACCCUCCAGACCCGUCCUCCCUCCUUCAUCCUCGUCCUCCUCGUCUUCAUCCAGCCGGCGCUCCUCCGGCAGGAACCACGGCGUCCAUGAGCUUUCGGCCUGCGAGCAGCUGACUGUGGAGCUCGUCAGACAUGAAGACAGCUGGCCCUUCAUGAAGCUGGUGUCCAGGACUCAGGUCCCUGACUACUAUGACAUCAUCAAGAAGCCGAUCGCCCUCAGCACGAUCAGAGAGAAAGUCAACAACUGUGAAUACCAGACGGCAGGUGAGUUCGUCUCAGACGUGGACCUGAUGUUCUCUAACUGUCUUCAGUACAAUCCUCGUCACACUAACGAGGCGAAGGCCGGACUCCGCCUGCAGCAGUUCUUCCACUCGGAGCUCAGCAGACUGGGCCUAUCAGAGCGCAGCUCCGCACCGCCCGCUAAACGCUCCCGACACUGAAACCGAACGCACUCCUCUGACCUCACGGCCGUCCACUCAGCUGAUUGGUCCAGGGACGAGACGUGGCCCGAUGCCCUCUGGACUGGCACGGUGUGACUCCUUCAUGACCUCUGACCCCCGUGAACCCACAACGCCCUGCAGGGGUCAGAGGUCAUGGACAUUAUAAUACCCCCACAGGUUACACAGGUACACCUGGCUCAGGUGGGCUUCAAUCAGACCAGCUCAGACAGUCUCACCUGGUCACCUGACCAAGAGCUUCUCUCUAAAACAAGCCAAACUUCUGGAAGAUAGUUUCAGCUCCUUGUGAACCCGUAGAAACGUUGUGGAGUAGAUAUUCCUGCUGCCGUUUGGGGCAUUGACCAGUCUGCGUGGACGGACGCUGGACGUGUAGCGGACUUCCUGUGGUGCUGUAGGACGUAGAGACGAGUCCACGGUUCUCUAAACCACUAAAGAGCGUUCGGCUCUCAGAUCAGGUUCUGGUGUUUUGCUCAGGGACAAAUUGUUUGAUUUGAAUAAGAAAUAUUUUCUAACAGAGCAGCUGUUUUUUACUGAAGCAGAGCAUCGUCGUGGCAACAAGGUCAAAGCCUAUGGGAGCCUGCGGCGGCCAAAUUAAAAUGGAAUCCUUUAACGUAUGUGUGACAAACAUUUAAAAAGAUCUGUGGUAAAUAUUCUAAACCCGAGGCUCCAUCAGGACAAAAGCGUUUAGACAAAAAAGUUGUAAACAAAGAUCAGAUGCAAACAUUCUGACGUACAUCGAGAGCACACACACAGAGAAGUUCAUUUUAAUAUUGGCAGCCCGAGUCUUUCAUAGACUAAUUUAUAAAACUGUUAACGAGGUCAAACAUCAGCACAGGCCCCGCCCUCUAAAGACACUGGCCCCGCCCCCUGGCCUCGCGUUUCCUCCAAAGAAAACAAGAACCUGAGUCCUGCUGUCAGAGUUUAUCUGAAAUAUUCAAACAGGAAAUCAAUAUUUAAUCAAACUAAUGACGUUAACUGAAAUGAGAACCGGGACCUCAGGAAGCUGAUUUAUGAUUUUUAUAGAUUAUUAAAAAGAUGGAGCUUGAGGUGCUUUGUUGAGGAUCUCAGGACCUGGUUUGUGUGGAGGAAACUCGUGGUGUGGCGUUUUAACCUGCUUUGAUAGAAUCGGCCUUUAAAGGAACAGUUUCAGUCAUCAGUCUCAUGCCUGUGUGUUUAGCUUAGCUUAGCAUAAAGACUGGAAGCAGGUGGAAACAGCCAGCCUACUGCCCCCUGACUGACAUCGCGUGAGGCUGGUAGACGCGCUGUUCCUUUAAGAACCGGAGCCGCCGUGGCCUCUGUGGAUUUGUAGUUUUUGUAUUUUGACUACUGCGAAGUUUUUCCUGCUUUAGGCAGUUUUGUUCUGUGACGUUAGCGUGUCCGCAGUCAGCUGCAUAUUUAUUUAGCCGUGCGUUGUCUUUAUUUAUGACGGAUAGAUGCCUCCUGCCUCCCGGUGCUCUCUCACUUGUUGUUGUUGUUCUUCUUCUUCUGAUGUACAAAUAAAAAUAAAUAAACACUUUUAUAACCA